UGUCACCUACUAAUGAGUCUUGUUAAUGUUGUCGAACCCGCAACUGUUUCUCCAAGUGGGGCCUAUUAAUUUCGCUGCUUCCUGUGGGGUUGCAGAUUAACAGAGCACCUGCGGACCUUACAGUAUCUGGACAUCAGCCAAAGCCGAUGUGGUGAUGCUGACAUCGAAGCCAUUGUGAUGAACUGUUCCUUGCUGCUCACACUCAAGCUUCGUAACUGCUCCCUCCACGAUCGUGGAUUAAAACACAUUGGUAGAUGGUUACCAAUUCUUCAACACCUCGACAUCGCCGACAACCACGAUAUCACUGACCGCGGACUGGAGUUCAUCGCUUGCGGCUGUGACCAAUACCUCGAGCACGUGGACGUGUCACGGUGUUUCGACAUCCACGGUCCCGGUCUCAACAUCCUGGCGAGUGCCUGCCACUCGCUGCGCACCGUGAUCGCAAGGGAAUGUUUCGACAUGACAUCGAACACGAUCACCUACAUUUCACUGCACUGCACGAACGUCCGACAUCUCGACGUCUCCUUCAAUCUCUGUGUCACCGAUGGAACGCUGUCGAGCAUCGCCCAUGACCGCAGGCCUAAUGAGGAGCUCGAGGUGGUCACGAAAGGAUGUCCCUAUGUCCUUGGUCAUCGAUUUCAAGGCGGAUUCGAAUCCGGUGAUCGACGUCGCUUUCGAUUUGUCGAUUGGGAAGCAAGGGGAAAUGAUGAGUUUGUCAUUUGGGAGACUAAUGUUUGAUCUUCAACCAAGAUGCGGUACCAACUUGGUC